GAGCUGUUGCCUGCGAGGGGCUUUCCCUGUCCUGCAGAAAGCAGUGCGGGAAGGCGGCGGCGGGAGCUCACCCCGGAGGGAGCAGGGAGGGAUGCAGGGAUACAGGGAUGGGAGCGGCCGGUCCCCCCGCGCCACCAUCGCCUCGCACGGCAAGGAGGACCUGCUGGCCGCCGCCGCCCGGCUCUGGCAGCGCAGGAGGCGGCUGGUGGCCGCCGCCGGGCUCGCGCUGGCCAUGGCCGUCGCCCUGCUGGUGGCCGUGCCGCUGCUGCUGCUGCAGGCGCCCGCCCCGAGCGGCGCCCACUACGAGAUGAUGGGCACCUGCCGCAUGAUCUGCGACCCCUACAGCGGCGGGCGCCCGCCCGGCCCCGGCAGCACCGCGGCCGUGGAGGCUCUGCAGGACCUGGGAGCCAACCCCGCGCCGCCCUUCGUCCAGGGACCCAAGGGGGAGCCGGGGCGGCCGGGCAAGCCGGGUCCCCGCGGUCCCCCCGGGGAGCCGGGGCCGCCGGGGCCGCGGGGUCCCCCGGGGGAGCGGGGCGAGGCGGGGAAGCCGGGGCUGCCCGGGCUGGCGCUGCCGGGCGGCGGCGGGAGCGGCGGCGGGGCGGGCGGCGAGGUGGCGGGCGGGCUGAGCGCCGCGCUGGGGGGGCCGCGCAUCGCCUUCUACGUGGGGCUGAAGAGCCCCCACGAGGGCUACGAGGUCCUCAAGUUCGACGACGUGGUCACCAACCUGGGCAACCACUACGACCCGGCGAGCGGCAAGUUCACCUGCCAGGUGCGCGGCAUCUACUUCUUCACCUACCACAUCCUCAUGCGCGGCGGGGACGGCACCAGCAUGUGGGCAGACCUCUGCAAGAACGGGCAGGUGCGGGCCAGUGCCAUCGCCCAGGAUGCGGACCAGAACUACGACUACGCCAGCAACAGCGUGGUGCUGCACUUGGACUCCGGCGACGAGGUGUAUGUAAAGCUGGAUGGAGGCAAAGCGCACGGAGGCAACAACAAUAAGUACAGCACUUUCUCUGGCUUUCUUUUAUACCCCGAUUAACACACAACAAGCGACGCGACACAGCUGGCCCUGCCACCGUUGCGUGUGGGGCUGGUUGGCAUUUCUGUACCCUGUCGUGCCGCUGUUCUUGGUGUCCUCUGUCUUGGCAGGUCACUUUAGCUUCGUUAACAGUUUGUAUGGGUUUUUUUUUUCCACCCCUGUGAAAAUGAAAUAGAAGUGAAACAAAGCAGUCCCCUUCCUUACUCUCUCUGAUUUGCUCUGAACCCCCCUCACCCUUUGUCAGCUUCGGUGUUUUGUGUGUCACACAAGGAACUCAGCAGCUUGAAACUCUCCAGUGGUUCCUGGAGGGGUGUAAGAGAGCCCUGAGUUCUGACUGUGCCAUGCAGGGAAUUUGAACCAGUCACAUUUUUUUCUCAAUGAAUAUUAAUUAUGAUGAUGAAUUUUCAGAUCAAUUAUUCUUGAAUUGGGACUGGACCAUACCUGUUUUUCCCUCUGCUUCUUUGUUUGUAUGGGGUCAAGUGUAAACUUUUCUUUUCUGUGCAAUGCAAUGCUCGUGUGAAUGAUGGUGUCAUUAACAUCAAACCUGUUACUGUCUGCGAAAGAAUUCAGUCGUUGACCACCAUCACCAAAAUAUCACAUUAAAUUAUGUUUUUAGACAAUGCUUUCUUGCUGUCUGUCUCUUCCAGUGCUGCAAAGGAGUGCUGUAGUGGUGCCACGGGAGGGUGGGAGGUAAAGAGGAGUCACUUCAAUCAUUGAGGUUUGCAGCAACAUUUAAAGUUAGGAUGGGGCACCUAGUCUUGGUCUUGGUUAUGGUUCAAGGGGGCUGGGAAGAAGCAAAGGGAGAGGAAAAAAAGCUUCACCCUUAUGCAGUUUUGUAAAAAGGCAGCGCACAGUCAUCAAGAGGUGAAGGUGAGGGCGUGAAGCAGAUCUCCUGAACAGAUUUACUGGAUAUAAGCCUGAUCCAGAGGUUAGUGAAGUGCAAGAAAAGCGGUUUAAUCAGCAAUUAUGGAAAGCUGUGUUUCUAUGAGACACUUGACAAAUGUAAGAAGGCAGCAGGGGAGAGAGUCUGUCUAAAUCCCCACACUUGCGCUGUGUAUUAGGGUCGGAAACCACACCUGACUGUAGGUGGGUCUGCACAGUCCUCAAGAUGGGCUGGGAGAGAAAGCUCACUGAAGUCGCAGAGUUUCAGACCAUUUGGAAAGUUUUUCUCCUACUGGUCCUUGGUAAAUCCCAGCCACUUUGUGUCCUGUUAUCAGUGCACAGGUGUGUAACUAGUACGAGGUUCUGAGGUUCUGAGCCUCUGGUGGAGGUGGUACUUAUUUCAUCAUCACCCCAGUAGGUAACCACUCAGUUUGGGUAAACUGGGGUUGCUCUGCUGAAGCUAAAAGAGUUAAGUCAAUUCACAGAUGAUCUGACUUUUAUUUUAUUGUCUUGUCAUUUCAUUUUUUCCCUCCUGAGCGUCUUGCCUCCCUAUCAGCUUACUGCCCUUUGCAGUGUCAGUGCAGUUUCACAGGUAAAGACAAGACAGGAGCUGGACUGAAACUGCUCUGCCAAGGCUGGAGCUUUGCACUUGGACUUUGCAGAAGGAAUCACAGCUGGGAUGAAAUUGUUCCAGCUGCACUUUGGCAUAGCACAGUGAUGAUUGAGUUCUUGCAGUCUCUCGUGUCUCCUACCAAGUCCUUAGCGAGAAUGUCUUCUCAUUGACUGGAAGAGGAGGGUCAGAGAGAGAAAGCAGUUCCUCCCUUCAUCCUGUCCUCAAACAUCCCCCAGCUGAGGGAAGUAGAGUUCAUAACCAGGUACACGUGUUAGACACUUAUCAAUCUCUAAUGUCUUGUCGAUUUGUACUAUUUAGAAUAUGAUUAAAACCAAUGUCUGAGACCCAAAUGAAGUAUAAUUGCUAUGGAUCUUCAAUUCCCUCCGGAUCCGUAAUCCUUUUUGACUAUUCCUCCCCUCCAACGAAAUGGAGCUUAGGCACAAAGCCUUCAGUUUAAAUUUCAAAAAAUUAAAAUUGACAUGCAGCAGCAUUAGCAGAAGCCAGGAGGAAUUCUAAGGAGGUGCUUGGGCUCUGCUUUAUCCUUUGCAUUAAGAAGCAAUUUGUACUUCUAACAAAGACCCAACUGUUCCCCCUUGGCAAAAGGGCAAUGAAGAUGCCUUGCAAGGGAAUUGCUGUUCACAAUACUUAAACAAAUUUGAAUCUUAGAUUUUUAAAUCUGUAUUCCCUGGUGGAGCCUGCUCCUCGCAAUUCAAAUGCAGGGCUGAUGGUGUGUGCCUGCCAAGGUGUCAGUAGCUAAGCGGAUGAUGGAUUGAUGAGGCAAUGGGAAGACACAGGCUCACAGUGGCGGUUUGCCCCGACAGUGAUCUAUGUAUCUGCACAUUAUCAAUGUCAUGAGGAGGCUUGAACCACCCUUGCUAGAUGUCUCAUUUUCCACUUAUGUACUAAUUAUCAGGCUGGAUUAUUCCCUGGGAAAGAAACCAAAAAAAAAAAAUGCUCGUUGCCACUCCACUGACAGUUUACACAAUCGAUAGAAUGAACGUCUUCCUCAGCUGCUCGCAGGAUUUUUUGUUUCCUCUUCUCAUUGCAGGGAGAAUGAGACUGCCUCUGUGGGGGUUUGAUGACUCUCACCCCACGUCUGCGGCAGUGGUGCUCGGUCGGGCUCCUCCAUCCCAGGCAUUGUGGCAGUAGCUCAGUGUGUGGGUUGUUUUUUUUUCUUUUCCCUGAAGUGACACAGGGAUAAGCAAUUGGGAGAUGAAAAACUUUGGUGCUUGGUGGUGCAGCUGUCCAGAAAAGCAUUGUAGAUGGGGGUGGCAGUCCCUGUGCUGUGCAUGGCUGCGGGCGAGAGCAGAGUCAUGCGCAGCCCAGCACACAGCCUGUGAUGGGCUCCUGACCCUUUGGGCUUUGACUGAGUCCUCCUCCCCUUAAAUGUAGUCCGUGGUUUCUCUAUGUUUCAUGGCAGAAAGAGAAGGGGCUCUUUGUAGCAGGGAUACCCUGGUCCCCUGGUUUGCGUUGGAAGAGGAGAAUUAAUGUGUACUCAGAGGCUGGCUUUAGCUUUCUCUUGGACUAGCUUUCCCAAACAAUACUGGCAUCUCUAACAACUGUUAGCUAGUGUCAGCUCCGGAGGUCUGACUCCUCGGAGGUGUUAUUUCACUUGAUGAGUAAAUCAAAUGCUUUUAAAAAUUAUGAGGUGAUUGGUUCUGACGCAAACGGGGAAACUGAGAGGAGUGGAAGGUUGGAGUUUUAGAGAAACAGUAGUUCUGUUUUGUGCCCAGCUGCAUGCUGAAGUUAAAAUAAUAAUAAAAAUGUUAAGAUAAAAAAAAAAUAGGGCUUCAUGCUCUCAAAGCAACUUGGAUAUGGCAUGAACAAACCCCUGAUCUUUGUGCUACUGAUGUGAAUCCUUGACCCUGGCCUGAGCUGCCUGUACUGUGCCUGGUCAGCACCGGCUAUGGAAGGGAUCCCUGGGAAAGAACAGAGCAGGGAAGACAUGCAGAUGCACAAGAGACUAUGGAGGGGCAAAUGGGGGUGCUGCUAAGAGCGCUGAAAGGGGUGCCAGCCACCUCUACUCUGCCGUUUCCUGGAGGAAGGCAUUCAGGUUAAUUUGCUUGCCUGCAAGCCAGUGCAUUUAUGGCUGGGCAGUUGGUUUCUUCUGUUUUCACUUUCCUUGGCUUGGGAAGCUCCUGAAAAGUCUCUAGGAAGAUGGGUGAGGAAAUCCUGCUUUGGCUUGACUGAAGCGGGUCAGCUGCUGGCGCUAAGUUUUUACCAGGCAGCGCACAGAAAGAAUUUUCUGAAGAUACCCGUGAUAGAAGAGCAGCCGGGUGUCUGAUGUCCCAAACAAAGUCUGAUGCCUCUGUGUUUUCCACGAUCUGAAUUUGCAGAUUUUCUCCUUGGUGCUUAAUCCAUUUGUGAAGUGACGUCCAGGUUGAUGAGGCUACACUGAGCCGCAGUGGGGUAGGACAACCCCUUGUCUGGGUUCUCCUCUUUUCCUUUUGCUAUUAGAAAAGCAAAGUGCUGCUUUUUGUGCUUCGUGGCUUUACACAGGUGCACUGAGCCAUGUGUUGGUCUUGAGCUUACUGCUUUUGAAACUCACUCUGGGCAUUUUUCUAGGUGAUUUAAUGCUUGCUUAUCUCCUUGCUUGCCUCCUCCAGUGGCUUACACUGCCUGGAUGGAUUUGAUCUGUGAACUCAAACUAGGGAGCUCGGGUUUGAUGGAUGCUCAAGUGAUCUUUCUCUGUUCAUGCCACCCACUAAUUUUAUUAAAGGAGUCCGUGGAAGACAGAGGCAAAAUGGCAUGUAUGUCUAUUUUAAAUCUAGUAUGUUUGUGUUAAAUAUCUUUUCUUGUAACGUGCCAUUUUUAUUUUCCUUAUUGUGAUUGGACUAAACCCUGGGAAAAAAAUCCUGCUGAGACCCUGUGUCCUAGUAUUGUCUCUGGGAUAAUGGAGACUGUCAGAAUAAAAUAAAGACUAACUGAAUGUUCAUUGACUUUGAGACUCCAAAGAGUUUGGUCCUUUCUACUGCGGAUGUCUGCAUUGUGCAGAGACUUGGAAGAUUAAUUACAGAUGGGAGAAGUAAACCGUUACCCUGUGGAUAUCCUGGCACUUACAGGUGAGAGCCUGCUCUCAUCUGGUUUCACAUCUAAUGGCAGGAAGAGGUUCAGCUUGAUUAUAAGCUGUGGCUGACGUGCAAAUAGGGGCCCCUUUCUAUAGACCAAGCCCAUGCCUACUCAGCAGUUAAUACCUGGGUCACAUAGCAGGUGCCACAGCAGAAGUAGGGAUGAUGCUUAACUGUUUCUUGAGCUAAGAACUUAGAACUAA